GCCGGGUCUGUGCGCAAGCGCCACGCUCCCGCGCCUGCGCAGUAGGGAGCAGGAGGGCGGGGCCGCGCUCGCCGAGUUCGGGGGAACGCGGAAGCGGACGGGUUCUGUCUACCGGGGGCGCCUGUCGCCAUGGCAACCGCUGCCGCUGCCGAGGGUCCGCUGGAGGCCCGGGUGCAAGUAGCCAAACAGGAUCCUGCUGUGGAGACAGCGGAGGAAGCUAAGGAACCAGCAGAAGCAGAUAUCAAUGAGCUUUGUAAGGAUAUGUUCAACAAAAUGGCCACUUACUUAACAGGUGAACUGACAGCCACCAGUGAAGACUACAAACUCCUGGAAAACAUGAACAAGUUGACUAGCUUGAAAUAUCUGGAAAUGAAAGAUAUUGCUGUAAACAUUAGUCGAAACCUGAAGGACCUAAAUCAAAAAUAUGCUGGUCUUCAGCCGUAUCUGGAACAAAUCAACCUCAUUGAAGAGCAGGUGGCAGCUCUUGAGCAAGCAGCCUACAAGCUGGAUGCCUAUUCGAAAAAACUUGAAGCAAAGUACAAAAAACUGGAGAAACGAUGAAAUUCUACAACAAAAGGACACUUUUUCCUAAAAUACAAGAAUUGGGUCAUGACUCAGAUUGACUUGUCAAAUUCCUAAGGUUUGAACUGCACUAAACAUACAAGCUGUUACUCUGGAAGAGCCAUGUAACCAGGGGGAUUGAUGCCUUGGCUAGGGACUUGAGGGUAGCAGACAGACUAGUAAGGUUGCUGUGUGUCUCUUCCUUCUCAGGCUAGAAAACCUUCCCUUUUCUCAGAAGCCUGUUCUUUUACUGCCUCUAUUAUUGAGCUGUAGUCAAAAGCUGAAAGCUACACUGAGCUCUUAUGAGUUGCCGUAAGACAGUGUUCAAAUCUAAUACUUCCUGAGUUCCAUAUGACCUUGUAGAAAACUUCCUCCAUAGCCUACCAAUACAGUCUCCUCUACAGCUGUAGGACCUGAAAUUCCCCUUGUUCUGCUGCUUCCUUUUCCUCACUUAGAGCCCUGUGUCUAGCAUAAAUACUCCUUCCAUCUGUACUGUGUCUAAAAAUCUGUUUUCAGAGGUGUGAGCAUGGUUUUGGAUCCUCUUAAAUUUGUCCUGGUAUCCAGACUCUCUUGAAAGGGGAAUAAUAGUUAUAGCUUUACAAUAAACUUCUCCAUUACAAAAGUCUUGAAACUAACUCAGAUUGUUUCUGAGAACUGGUUUCUCAUGCUUUAUGCAGGUUUAUCCUUUUAAAGUAGCUGAGAACAGAAGCAUCUAACUGUCAUUGAGUAUUUAGAGAUCACAGGAGAAGAUAAUAUUUAAGACUAAUUCUGUACUUUGAUUAAAUUCUUUGGAAGUGGAUUAAGUGAAGAAACAUUUGGAAAAAGGCACUAAAUUAUCAACAGCUUAUUCCAGAAUAACUCCAUGUGUUGACAAGCUUUAAAUAAAUAUGUAAUGGGCUAGAAAAGCUAAGACACUUGUUUUCAUAAUGCAAGAUAUCUCAAUGACACUGAUUAUGAAUCAUCAAUAUCCUAGUAUGGGGAAGUAUUGUGUGUAAAUGAGUUGUACAGACCUCCCUGCAAGUUAUGGUACUUAUCUGCUUUUUAGUUAUUUAAAAGCAAAAUUUUGAUGGGACGCCAUUAAUAUUUAUGGUAUCACUGCUAUGUAGUGUAGGUAUGAGAUAGGAACCAAAGGCUCAUCAUCUGAAAAUAAGUGGGUUCAUUUGUAACAAUGGGAUAUGAACAUUACAAGUAAAAGCCAGAUCUAUCAAUUCUGGAGGUUUAGUGAGGUGGUAUUGGAGGGUAGACUAAGCUUCAGGACAAAAAGAAUGCCCCCAGACAAUCAAAGGAGAAGUUAACUAUAACAAACUUGUCUUUCUACUACAUUUAUUGAUUUCUUGUUGCACUUCUCCCCUUAGAAUAUUUGCUCCUUAGUGUUCUAUAUGUGGCCUGUUAAAGGAGACUUAAGUUGUAUUCAGUUUAUAACUAACAAACAGGUUGUGAACUUAGCACAA